CACACACAACUGACCCACAUUUUGUUCUUUUUUUCUUCUGGAACUGAUGCAAUAAGACCGCUUUGUUGUAAACCCCGCCUUCGCUGCAUUCGCUGCGCUGAUUGGUUUGAUGCGACAGCAUCUCGUCUCUCAUUGGUCCGUCUGUGCGUCAGUCAGAACGCUUCACAUGGAAGGAAGGAAGCCACGUUGACAUCAAUCAGUGUUUUCAUCCCUUGAUAAACUAGAACACAUCUUCCGUUCACCGUGAGUCUCGGCGGAGUGCCAUGUAAUGUGAGUAUCUUCAGCUGAAACGCUGUGGUGUUUGUCAGGUGUGUGGUCAUCAGGAUGAGUGUGGGCUUCAUCGGAGCGGGUCAGCUGGCACACGCCCUGGUCAAGGGCUUCACAGCGGCGGGUGUGAUCACUGCCAACAGAAUCACAGCGAGUUCACCGGACACAGAUCUGCCGACAGUCUCCGGCCUAAGGAAAAUGGGCGUCAAUUUCACUACGAGCAACAAGGAAGCGGCGCACAAGAGUGACGUUCUGUUCCUGGCCGUCAAGCCACACAUAAUCCCGUUCGUUUUGGACGAGAUCGGUCCUGAUAUCGAGGACCGUCAUCUGAUCGUGUCCUGCGCCGCUGGAGUCACCAUCAGCUCCAUCGAGAAGAAGCUGCUCCAGUACCGCGCGGCUCCUAAAGUGAUGCGGUGUAUGACGAACACGCCGGUGGUGGUGCGCGAGGGGGCCACGGUUUACGCCACAGGAAGUCACGCCGAGGUGGAGGACGGGAGGCUCCUGGAGCAGCUGAUGGCCAGCGUGGGCUUCUGCACCGAGGUGGAGGAGGAUCUGAUCGACGCCGUGACGGGUCUCAGCGGCAGCGGACCUGCUUACGCGUUCACGGCUCUGGAUGCUCUGGCUGACGGGGGGGUGAAGAUGGGGUUGCCACGGCGACUGGCGGUCAGACUGGGAGCACAGGCUUUACUGGGAGCAGCUAAGAUGCUUCUGGACUCGGAGCAGCACCCGGGACAGCUGAAGGACAACGUCUGCUCACCAGGGGGCGCUACCAUCCACGCCCUGCACUUCCUGGAGAGCGGAGGCUUCCGGAGUCUCCUCAUCAACGCUGUGGAGGCGUCCUGCAUCAGGACCAGAGAGCUGCAGUUUCUGGCCGAUCAGGAGAAGAUCUCGCCCGCCGCCAUCAAGAAGACGACGCUGGAUAAAGUGCUGCAGCAGCCGGGCGUCUCGUCCACAUCAGUCGCCACCAAGAGCAGAGUCAACCUGUUCAACCACAGGAACGGCAUCAAGAAGUGAACACACACACACACACACACAGAGGACAAUACAAGAACUGUGCUGCCUGUCCACACACACAAACACAUCCACUGGUACAGUAUUACACCUGGGAAACUCGUGUCAUAUAGAGUGUUAUUAACACCUUCAUAUCUUUAAAGUCCUUGAAAAAUCAAAGGAAAUAAUGUCAGUGGUUUCCAGAUGGGUUUCUAUGUCCAUAGUCACUUUGUUCGAGGAUGAAACUGGACACAGAAGACAUUUUGAAUCAUGUUUUGCACACAUGAACUGUCAGACUUGUUGAUAUUGUUUUGGUUAACAAGAUAUCAGAACUCCCCAUAGCAACACCCUGGCAACAGCUCCAGUCAGCCUAUUGGUAGCUUUCAGUCACAUGACCGGCUCGAAGACCUGGGGGGCAAAACAUCCAUAGAACUGCAACACCAGACUAUCAGUCUGCCAACUGUUUCACAGACGCAAAUAUUUAGAUCGCCUCUCAAAAGAAUAAAACAAAGGUAUGUGAAUUAAAUUCAACUUUUGGCAAUUUGCAAUCCAUAUUAUGCACCCGCAGCAAUAUUUGAAGCAGUAAACAGUGCAACAAAUGUUGUAAAAACACUUACAGUGCCUUGAUAUAUUUAAAACAAUAAUAUUAAAAGAUCAAAUUCAGUAAUCACUAUAUUAAUGAUGCAUAAUUUCAAUGUGAAACCAUUUAACGUGAAACUUUGCACAGUUUAAUGAAAAUUCUGGUUUCAUAUGCUUGCCUGUACGAAAUAUACAUCAUCAAUAAUGUGUUUAUUUAAUUUCACCUUUUAAUAUCUGCGUAUUACUACAUUACUACUUAAUGCAAUCUGCAUAAAGAUAACUGGCGGUCUGUGGAGCAAAGCUUUGUUUUGCCCUCCAGGUGGGUGUUCCUAUCAGUGUGUGACAUCACGUGAAAACUAGUAAUUCCCUGGCAACAGCUCAAAACACCCCGUAGCAACGCCCUGGUAACCCUUUAACAACACCCUGGCAACAGCCCAAAACACCCUGUAGCAAUGCCCUGGUAACCCUAUAACAACACCCUGGCAACAGCCCAAAACACCCUGUAGCAAUGCCCUGGUAACCCUUUAACAACACCCUGACAACAGCCCAAAACACCCUGUAGCAACGCCCUGGUAACCCUUUAACAAUACCCUGACAACAGCUCAAAACACCCCGUAGCAACGCCCUGGUCACCCUAUAACAACACCCUGGCAACAGCUCAAAACACCCCGUAGCAAUGCCCUGGUCACCCUAUAACAACACCCUGGCAACAGCUCAAAACACCCCAUAGCAACACCCUGGCAACAGCUCAAAACACCCCGUAGCAAUGCCCUGGUCACCCCAUAACAACACCCUGGCAACAGCUCAAAACACGCCGUAGCAACGCCCUGGUCACCCUAUAACAACACCGUGACAACAGCUCAAAACACCCCGUAGCAACGCCCUGGUAACCCUUUAACAACACCUUGGCAACAGCCCAAAACACCCUGUAGCAACGCCCUGGUAACCCUUUAACAACACCCUGGCAACAGCUCAAAACACCCCGUAGCAAUGCCCUGGUCACCCUAUAACAACACCCUGGCAACAGCUCAAAACACCCCAUAGCAACACCCUGGCAACAGCUCAAAACACCCCGUAGCAACGCCCUGGUCACCCUAUAACAACAGCUCAAAACACCCCAUAGCAACACCCUGGCAACAGCUCAAAACACCCCGUAGCAAUGCCCUGGUCACCCUAUAACAACAGCUCAAAACACCCCAUAGCAACACCCUGGCAACAGCUCAAAACACCCCGUAGCAAUGCCCUGGUAACCCUUUAACAACACCCUGGCAACAGCUCAAAACACCCCGUAGUAACGCCCUGGUCACCCUUUAACAACAGGAUAUCUGAACUUCUCUGGGCUGUUGCAGGAAGUGACAUCACAGAAAAUCAACUUUUAUUUUUGUUUCAUUUCAUCUGGAUGUUUUGCAGACCUGGACACCCUAUAUAUUUGUUGCUUGUUCUCUUUAAAAUGCUGGAGAAAAUAAUGAAUGUCAAAUAGCCAAAGUGUUUUGUAAGCUGAUUAUCAGGCAUGAAACAUCUUUCUGUUUGUCUGUUCUAUUGCAGAAAUGUGAAAACUGCAGAAAUGGUGCUGAAAGUUAAGAUAGAAAAGCUGUGUUUUUGCUUACGCUUGUGGGUUUAUUUCCUUUGGUUUUAUUGAUAAACUAUUUCUGAUGAGCGAGAA